AUGAUCGCCGCGCCCGACGUGGUGGCCCUGGCGCGCGAGGAUGAGUGCGCGGAGCCGACUCCUCCGCCGCCGCCGGUGGUGGUGUGGCCGCCCUCUUGCCAGUCGCGGCCCGAGAACCCCUGGUGCCAGGCACCGUUCGAGCGCGAUUUCAUUAUGAUCUCCGAGUUCUCCGAGCAGGUAGGCCCUCAGCCCUUGUUAACCGUCCCCGACCAUGCCCGCCUUAACUUCGAUCUCAACUAUUUCUCUCUCAGGAUCAUGUCGGUGGAUUACCAGGCCUCCUUCGUGGGGCACCCGCCCGGCACGGGCUACCCCAAGCUCAAUUUCGUGGAGGACUCCAAAGUGGUGCUGGGCGACUCGAAGGAGGGGGCCUUCGCCUACGUCCACCACCUGACGCUGUACGACCUGGAAGCCCGGGGCUUCGUCAGGCCCUUCUGCAUGGCUUACAUCUCGGCGGACGAGAACAAGAUCAUGCUGCAGUUCCAGGAGCUCUCGCACGAGUUCUCCCGGGCCUCCGAGUGCCUGAAGACGGGCAACCGCAAGGCCUUCGCCGGCGAGCUGGAGAAGAAGCUCCAGGACCUGGAGUACACCCGGAACGUGCUGCACAACGAGACGGAGAUCCAGAAGAACUCCAACGAGAAGGGUUACUACACGUCGGUGGCCAUAGAAAAGGCUAACGAGCUGGCCAACGUGGAGCGCUGUAUCAUCGAGCACCAGGACCUUUUGAUGCAGGUCAGGACUUACUCCCACAAGAAGUCGAGGGAAGCGAGUUACGUAUCUUACGAGCCGGAUUGCGACGCGGAGCAACCCGAGGUAGGGUUGGAACAAUCCCUGGAUCCGGGCGGGCUGCCCGCAAAAGCCAACUGGUCCAACAGAAGGUCAACCUACACCCCGAAAUUCACAAGGGCUAAGUCGGCAAAGUGCUUUGAAAAAAAGCUGAAAACAUUAGAGGAGCUUUGUGACGUUUAUUUUUUUACUCAAACCCUAGAACAACUUGGUAACCUAGAGAAAUCGUUUCGAGGCGACGUGUGUUACCUGCUAACCCGCCAAAUUGAAAUGAAACUUCUGCAACAGCAGCGAAUCACCUCGUUUCUCUUCGAGGACUGCGUGGCCUUCAGCGACGAAGAGCAAACCGAAAAGCAGCGGCACGGCUACAAACCGCUUCCAAGUCACAAUAUUCUCAGCCAAAAUGUUGUAGAAGAUCCAUGUGAGUCCAAUGUGGCAGCCAGUUUUGAGUCAUACAAGUCUUGUGUGGAGUCUGUGCCAAUUAAAAUGGAGCAACAAGUGAACAUAGAAAGUUGUCACCAAGCAGUGGCGGAUUCCAUCCCUUGUAAAAAUCUUCAAGCGACUUUAGAUCUACUCGAUAUAGAAGGGAAAGAGAAGGGGAGCAUCAGCAGUGGUGAAAGUAUUGAGGUGCUGGGCACAGAAAAGUCUUGGCCAAACCCAAUUUUUGCCAAGUCUGAGAGCCAACCAAGUUUGCAAUGCCAGUAUCCAGAAGUUGUCAAGAGGAAACUUGUAGUAACCAAGAGGACAAACAGUGAGGACAGCAUUGAGGUCCUCUGUACCACAGAGUCUUUGAUACCAGAAGAUCUCAAGGCCUCUUAUCCAAGUGCAAUAUACGAAGAAGAGCCUGCUGUGAACAAUGUUGAAGAGUGUGGGCUCCGUGCAGAUGCUAUGCAACCAUUUACAAGUCCACAGGAUGCCAAUGAAUUCAGCAAUACCAACAUUAUAAGCAAUCCUGUCACACUGUCUAAUUUACCUGAGCCUGUAGACUCUAGUUGUUGUACUGGGAAAGAAAGCCCAAUCUUUACUGAAUCUAGACCUACUCUUGUGACUGAGUACAGCGAUGGAAUAAUCAAUGUUCCACCGCAACGUAGCAAGUCAGUAGACAAAAUAUCACCUGGAGAUUCUGUAAUGCAGGGGGGAGAAAAUGGAUUAACUAAUCUAACUGCUGAUCAAGUCUUGACUAGCUGUGAAAGGGAGGACAGCAAUCUCCCUGGCAAUGGAGAGUCUGGUCAGCUUCUACUGGAAGACUACUUGGAUAGCAUGAGUUACAUUAGUACAUCCUGGUGUUCUGAUAGAACACCAUCACCAGCGUUGCCAACCAGUCCAGCAAAGAGGCUCCCUGGAAAGCGUAAAAAGCAGUGUGGGAAAAAUGCAUUGUGGUUUAUUAGGCAAUAUUCUUUUGCUCAGCAGGCAAUCUUUUCUCUGUUGUCUGGACGGACACUCGUGGUAGUAGGUGAACAAGAAGGAAAGGUCAAGAAGCUUAUCCAUGCUCUGUCAAUGUUUGUUCCCAACUCUGGUAGGGGUGAAGACCCCAUAAAGCAAUGGGUGACAUUCCCUUUGCACAUCCACCAUUUACAAACUUGGAAACUUAUCGGAGUUCAGAGAAUAAUUUCUCCUGUGGGCUCCAGUGUGCUGCACUCACUGAAUCGCUACAGUCGUUACAUUAGUAUCCUAGACUCUGAUAAUAAGAGCUUGCGCUGCCCGCCUUAUCGAGGACUGCUGAUCACCAGGAUGGCCGACCACAGAACUCAGAUAAAGAGGGGCAGCACCUAUUACAUGCACGUCAACAAUCUGCUGACCAGGGUCUGCUCCAAGGCCUUCCUCUACACCUUCUGUCAUCACCUGCACCUCCCUAUUGAUGGGAGAGAGAGCGAGGAAUCUGUCGCCUGUCGAAGGUUAAACUUUUUAAAGCACCACUUGGGGUUGAUGAAUGACGAUGGCAAGAUUGUACAGUACCUUGCGGAGCUGAUAAAGCUGCACUACCUGCACGAGCCCGCAAAGGGCUUGAAUCAGGUUCUACGGUUCGCCUACGUCUCCAGCAUUGUGUGCAAGAUCUAGUGCCGCCACAACCUCUGUGUCUCCCACUGAAAGUGUUUUUUUUGUGUGUGUUUGGGUCACAGAAAAGCAUGCUUCUUUUCCCCCUGUAUUCUAUACUAUAUUGCUGUAGCAAUAUCUAUCUGAACAUCCCAUGAAUGAGUAAAGGAAGGUGUUCAUUGUUACAAAUCAUUGCUUAACCUUUCAGCAAUAGUCUGAAGCAUGAAUUCAUAAGAAUUAAGGUUGAUUAGAGUGGGUCUUUUGCUAAAUACUUUGGUCUUCAACAUUUUCUUUAAAUGAGGAGACUUUUAACAAAAAAAAUGCCCAAUUUGAGAAGAAUUUGAGCAUCUUUUCUGGGAAACCUGGUGCACUUUCCUGAUGUGGAAGUGAAACAAGCUGAUAUUUUCAGUUUCUUUUUCAGGAGACUUUGUUCUGGGGUUCUGGCAAAGCUAGAGAAGGAUUGUCUAACAGCAAGCCUGGGGUUGCUGAGCGGCUAUGACCAAGUGAUUAGAUACUGAAUUGCCUUUUUUCAUACAGUCCUGUGAAUUGAAGUGAUCUUUUGUCCAUCUCCGUUGCCUAACUUGAACCACUUUGCACUUGAAGAGACUAUGUGAAGAGGAAUCAAAUUGCUGGGUGCCAGGUCAGAGGUAGAAUAAGUCCAGUAUCUACUCUAUAAAUUGUUCUCAGAUGAAGAAAGCUCCCUCUAGAAUAGAAUUUAGGGUUUUGGGUGGCAGGCAGUAGCUUGGGGUGGGGUGGGGAGUCAGGAUACUGUACGGUAAAGCCCAUGUUGUCCUUGUCAAGAGUAAGCCACUCUUACUGUGAUUAACAAAAAAUAAUCAAAUCACUUGCCUCAGAUUAAGGAGGUUCUGUUACUGGAGCAGGGGGAGGAACAAUGGGUUGCAUACCUCUGUGUUGUGCCGUUUCAUGUAUCGUGAUACAUGUCUCUGUUUUAUCUGUAAAGCAUCGAAAAAGUCCUUCUCUAAUUGUUUACACUGCCUGGUCUUGUAGUUUGCAUGCUACCAGUGUAGGUACAAUUCUAAUACUGGACGAAUUGUGCCUACACCAGGACAAGUCCACUUUACAUGGUAUCCAUUUGAUCACGAAUAACUCAAAUGCAUUCCAGGUUAAUGGGGGAACGGAUGUCUACACUCCUCGAGAUGGGGGGGAAGGGAGGGAAACUAUUUUAGCAUUCAUCGCGGCUUCCUGUCCAUGCUUGAACUGGAUUUGGUCCAAGUCAUUGGUGUGGUAUAACUGUCAUUGUCAUGUAACCAAGAUUUCCCAAAUCUCAAUCGGAAGUGAAACUGGGAUCUUGAUUUUCAGAUAAUGCUUCUUGUUUGAAAGACUUGCAAUUUCUCAAAAGCUGCUUUUAAACUUAAGAGUGACAAUCUUAACUUAUUGUAACAUAGUGGGAAGAGGGGGUAAGAGGGGUAGGAGGGAUUUAGGUAAAUUGGAUACUUCUACACGUGAAAGCCAAAUGAACAGGUGAAUUAUCAGCAACUGUAUGUACAGGAUAGUAUGUACAGGUGAUGUGACAUAAUAUAAUACUUCGGCCCAUUGAAUUGGGGGGAGGGUGUAUAUCACUGACUCACUUGUGCCUUUUGUUUUAAAAAAAAAAUCCAUGCAUCUCAUUUGUUUGAUAUUCUGCAAUUCAUAGUGUACUGUUUAAAAUGGACUAAUGUCGAGAAAUGGUGGGUGAGUGGAGGGGUGGGCAGGGGAGAAGGAGAAAAACCUUAAUGACCUUAAAAAAAACACUGCACCUCUUCCCACAAGUCGUCUCUGUGCCUGGUUUGAUAAACCCGUUUGUAGUAGUACUGCAAUAUAUUUUUUAACCCUUGCCAAAUCCCGUGAGAGUAACCAACACUUCUGUACUUAAUAUUGUUUGUUAAUAAAUGUGUUUCUUUUUCGGAAAUACGAGGGUUUACCAAAUUGACUUUUUUUUGGAGGGUGGGGGGAGGAAGAGGUGACAGAAUUGUCACUGAACGAUCCUGAACGAAACCCAGUAACAGUGUAACCUCCAUCCUUGAUGUGAAGGAACCGAUCAUUCGUUUCUACGUGGGGUUCUAAAGUACCCAUUCAGCGUAUUGACCAGAACCGCUGACUUCUGUAACCAGUUUAAGCAUGUACCUGGCCGCUUGUAUUCAGUCUUCUGGAACCAGUCCACUUGUGUAUUGGGGUAUUGUGUUCCCUUCCUGUCACCUUGUUGCAACAGCAGCAACAGAGUGACUGGACAAUGUCAUCUGAAGUUGGUCAUUGCGUGUUCACUGUGUGUACUUACAAGCCACCCAAUAGCUGUUUAGCUGGGAGUUUAUGCUUCAUUUUGCUGUGCGCAAUUGGCUGCUGUGUUUUGCCCACAAAAUAUACAGUCAAAUCACUUUACCACAUAUCCUGUGAAGCGCUUUGAGACGUCUCAAAGACGUGAUAAGGCACUAUAUCAAAUGCAAGGAUUAUUAUUAUUGGGUCCGAGUAGCGAGUUGUCUUAUUUUUGGAUAAGAAUAACCAAAAUAUCUAGUUGGCACAGACUGUGAGUUACUGUGACUUCAUUCAUAAAAUGAAUUUGUAAUUAUUUCUGAUAGCAUGUUUUUAAAACUGGAACAGUUUCCUGUGAGAACCUUUUAAUUUGUUCAAAAGUACUGUGAAUGUAAUUGUGUAUGCUGAAUGUUUUCCCCUCCCCAUUUCAGAAUAGCUGAGUAUACCUAUUUCUCCUUUACCCAAUACACGUCAAGAAGACGUGAAAAGUGCUAUAUCAAAUGCAAGGAUUAUUUAUUAUUAUUACACCAAAUCAGCAGUCCUGUAAGGCUUUUGAUGGAUAGAACCAAAGGUAUAACUGGAACUUGAUUUCAUUUACAAACAGCAGGUUUGUACAUUGGUUAUAGGACGUUUUACUAACUGUCUUGGGCAGUGUUGCAGAGCUCCUUGAGCUCGCUCACUAAGUCUGCUGGACCUUUAUGGCAAAUUUGGAGAGUAGAGGGCCAGACACUCGAGUCUAUGGAAUGUGAUGCCCACAUUUCACCUGAAUUGAUCUCACCUCAAGUUACUUCACUUCACUCAAAAUCUACCGUGCAAGGAAGUGACCCAACACCAAUCUGACUUGGAGUUACUUUGCUUUUCAAGUUCAUGGAAGUGUUUGGCAGUUUCCACCUGUUUAGUAGGCAUUUCCCAUGGGUGUCCGCAUGCCAUUUGCGUACAGUAGUAGCUGCAUGCAGGAAACAUGGUGUUUCAUUCGUGACACUGUGAACGUGUCUUGAAUUUUACUUCACAGUGUGUCAGUACAUGUAACUGGUUAAAGGUAGCUGAGGUCCCCUUGCAUAUAAGCGGCUGUAUGAAGUGGGUCAUUGGCGUGCAUGUAGUACUGUAUAACCUCCUACCAUGGUUUACUUUUCAGGGAUAGAAUUUAAAUGAUCUGGUGAUUUUGAGGUAUUUUGUUUGAGAAUUUUUUCAUACAUCCAACUGACGAGAAUUAUCAAUGUCUGAAGAAACAGCAUUGUAUCUACUUAACUGUCCCCAAAACAUGUUUGCUUGCUUAUCUUUCUAGCCAUUUAAAAGAAAUAUAUAGUUAUUAUAAGAUGGAUUGUUCUGUAAUUAUUAGUGCUACAAUUGAUGAAACUGUAUUGGAAUUUUGCAGCACACUUCCCAGUUGAAAUGGCUGCUAUAAAUUUUUUUGGUUAACUUUUGCCAUCUCUUACCAGUCCGACAUCUAUGCUCUAUUGUACUGACUCACUUGGCCUAAUGGCGCAGUGGUGAAAAGUAGAGCAACACUAAAGCAUAGUGCCAAGAGGGUCACUGGGGCUGUGCUGUGUUAUCUGACCUCAGUUAGAGCUCUCUGCAGUUGAUCUCAGAACUGAGGGAGAUAAACUGGUUCCAUGGCUCCCACAGUGACCUGAUCAGACCUAUGAUCCAACCUAAGAGUGUGCGGUCCUGUUGGAUGCCACUAAAUGCCAUUUAAAAACACUUACCUUGGGUUCACUCUGUAAACUGUAUCCUCACUUUAAUCUCUCCUUCAGACUUCUUGAUGGCACCGUUCCUGACAUGUCAGAAAGAAGGACAGCAAAUAACUAUUUGCCAUUCAUGUUUCGAGGGAGUGCAACUAACCCUCUUAAUUUAGAUUAUUAGGCACAGUUUGAGCUGCAAGCGUAAAGUACAAUUUCAAUCGUGUAAAUUUAUCCCCUUUAUAAAUCAAAGCACAUGCCAGACUGGAACGUCUGCGAUAAUCUGCAGACAGGAUUUGUUUGCGGGACUAGUGGGUUCUUAAUGUAUUGUGAUAAUGUUCAUCUGACUGGACACGUUACCAUAAUGUUUAAAAUUAUUCCCCCGUUACUGGAAUUGCUCUGAAUUUUUAUUUUUUAAGUUUUUUUUAAAAAGUGCACUUUCUUGCUAUUUUAAUAUUGCACAAAACCUGAAUUAUUUUAAAAAUGCUCAAUGUUGUCUUGUGUAAAAAAACAUUGGUGUAUACGUUGUUUUGAAAAUGUACAGUCCUUUGUUGUCUUGGAAAUGUCGUGCCUUCCACUGGCCAUUGUUCAAACAUUGUAGACUUUAAUAAACCAUUUUGCAACUCA